CUUGUACGCUCGCCGCCUGUCAGCGGCGGCGGCGAUGCGAGGGCUCCCAGCUGCCCGCGUUCGCUGGGAAUCCUCCAGGGCUGUAAUCACCCCGUCCGGUGUGGAGAGAAAGCGGCAACGAGAACCGACCAUGCUGUGGCAGGAGGACCCAGAACCAGAGGACGAAAACGUCUACGCCAAGAACCCAGACUUUCAUGGUUAUCACAGUGACCCUGUGGUGGACGUCUGGAAUAUGCGAGCUGUCUUCUUCUUUGGUUUUUCCAUCGUCCUGGUCUUUGGUACCACCUUUGUGGCUUAUUUGCCUGAUUACAGGAUGCAAGAGUGGGCCCGCCGGGAAGCUGAGAGACUUGUGAAAUACCGAGAAGUCAAUGGCCUCCCCAUCAUGGAGUCCAACUACUUUGAUCCCAGCAAGAUCCAGUUACCAGAAGAUGACUGAUGAAUUACUGAGCAGGGCUUAAGAAGCAUUACUUGUCCACUUCCUGUUAUUUUCCUGGUUCCUCAGAACACCUUAUUAAAGGAAUUGAAAGUA